AUGGGAAUUCUGAUGUCGGAGCUUAAGGCGGGAGUCAAGGCUUUCGAUGGCAUAUCCCCCAACUCAUCGACCAUGCCCCUGGGCCAGAUCAAGUUGCCGGUCACGUUUGGCAUGCCCGACAACUUCCAUACAGAUAGGCUUACCUUUGAUAUCGUGGGCUUCAAGACGACGUACAACGUGAUCCUGGGCCGCCCAAUGCUAGACAAGUUUAUAGCCAUGGUGCACUAUGCAUACCAAACGCUCAAGAUCCCGAGUCCCAAAGGGGUCAUAACAAUCAGGGGAGAUCAACCUGAGGUGGUCAAAUGUGACAAGCAGAGCCUGGACAUAGUCAAACACCUCAGUCGAGUUGCAACCACUCCUAAAGGCAUGGAUUCCAUGUGUCAGAAGCAUCAAGCCACUAUUGAGAUCAAGGACUCCAAACUUGUAAGUCUUGUUGACAUCUCCAAGUCUAACGAUGCCACCAAGGGUGAGACCAACGAAAAUGCUAGCAACAAAAAUACUGAUGGUGGCGUCAAGGCGAUGCCCCUCGACCUGUCUAAACCAACCAAGACGGUUAAGGUUGGGGCUAACCUUGACUCUAAAUAG